AUGCGACAGAAACCAAGGAGACGAUGCAACCGUCGCAAGAGAAGCCAGUGCAAGAACGUUGUCACCUUCGCCGCUGAGAACGCUCAAACCUACCUCGAUGUCAAUACCAGGGGAUGUUCUCUACGCUUCCAGCUCGACACAGGCGCAGAUAUCACCUUGGUAUCACGUCGAACGUGGAAAAAGCCGAAAAAGUCGGAUCUCCACCCUUGGAACCCACUCAAGACGGCAGAUGGAUCACCGAUGAAGAUUGAUGGAAGAUUCUCCACAGACUUCUUUGUCAGAGACCGCACAACAGGGAAGACCCUACGUAAUGGAACUUGUUACGUCACCGAAAGCACGAAUCUGCUAGGACUGGAGUGGUGUAUUCAACUUCCAGCGUAUAAGGAGUUGAAAAACAAAUACCACUGCCGAGUGGUGACUAAAGAAGAAUCAAACCGAGAGGAAAUCAUCGCAGACUUGAAGAAGCAAUACAAAGAAGUAUUCAAGUGCGGAUUGGCAGUCAAGACUAAAGCGAAGUUGUUGUUGAGGGACAACGCAGUACAUGUUUUCAAGAAGAUGCGACCAGUGCCCUAA